GACGAGCCGAAGCGAGCAAGUAACGCCCAAAUUCCGGUCACUCUUUCCUCUCUCUCCUUGGUCCUUCCAUCGUUUUCCUUAGCCGGCGACUUGAGGAGUAACCAGGUUUUCCUCCCUCCCUCGGCGACUUGAGGAUUGCCCAGAUCUAGCAAUUUUACUCCAGUGAUGAAAACGAGUGCCCCCAUGGUUUGUGGGCAGGGACCUAGGAUUAAUUGGCGUUCCGUAAAACCUUUUAAGACGACAAGAUCCAAGGAUCUUCAGCUUCAUCAUCUACCCACAGUAAGUUAAAUUCUUGCAUCUUCGUUAACGGGCAGUAGCACGUGUAUAUCUUUCUUUUUCAGUGAAGGGCGAUAAUACUUGUUCCUCACACAUUAAUUAAGGAUGUACUGCAUGGUAUACUAUCGCGAUUGACAAUGAAAGAAGCCGUGCGAAUGAGCAUGCUAUCUAGGAGGUGGAGCAGGCUUUGGAAAUGCUACCCAAAGUUAGUGUUCACCAGAGCCACGAUGCGUUGCAGUAACGCCACGACAGGCCCUGCAAAACCCUUGCGGACAAGGUUUAUCAGGGGGAUCAACAGCAUCCAGCGACAACUCAAGUCAUCUAACCUGAAUAAGUUUGUGGUCAAGUUUGCGCUUCGCAAAAGGCACACACCUCACAUUGAUAGAUGGAUCAAUUUCUGUGCCUCGUCGAUGGCGAAGCAUGUUGUUCUUGAUUUAUGUCCAGGGCCGAAGGGCAGUACCGACACAGAUGACAAGUACAGUUUCCCGCUGCAUCUUCUCGACACCUCGGGUGGUUCUUGCGUGAAGUCUCUUAGUCUGGGGUUCGUCUAUUUACCACUGCCUCCUGAUCACCGUGGAUUUGCCAACCUUAAGAAGCUCUCCCUAGAAAUAGUUCAUGUCACAGGGGAUCUCGGGUGCCUGCUCCCAAAAUGCGCUGUUCUUGAGUGGCUAAGCCUCACCAGGUGUAGACUGGACGAGCUAAGCAUAGGCAAGGAACUGAGCAGGCUCCAUUGUUUGCAGGUCAAGUACUGUAUGCUGCAGAAGCUGCAUGUCCGAGCUCCAAACCUCACCAUGUUUGCGUUCGCUGGUCGUGUGAUACCUAUAUUGCUUGGUGAAUCUGUGAAGAUUUCGGAGGCGACGGUCGACUUGGUCACAUCCUCGGACUGCUUCAAUUACGUCUUCACUGAUCUUGUCGAUGCUCUUUCGCAUGUUCCGUCCCUCUCCAUAGGCUUCCGAAUUGAAACCAAGGUGAUAAAUUUUGUGAAAAGUCGGACCAUGCUCACAAAUCUGAGACAUCUGGUCCUGAAAAUCGAUAUUGUUGGGCCGCCAGAAGUCACUGGUGGGAUUCUUCGUUUGGCCUAUCUGUUGGAGUUAGCCCCUGCUUUGGAAGAGUUCGUACUCCAUAUGCAUUGUUUUGACUCUGCAAUUGAUGGUGAACCAAGAGAAGAUGCCUACCGGCCACAUCCUCACCGUCAUCUCAAGACUAUCAAAAUGACGGGGUUCUAUGGUUUACUUGGUCAGGUUGAGCUAGCACUCUACCUCCUUCGGAAUGCGACUUCUCUCGAGCGUAUGAUCAUAGAUCCGGUGGUGAGGAAUAACUGGCCUAUUCCACCCAUGGGUGGAGCAAAGCAAAACAUAGACCGGGGCACGUCGAUUGCCCUCAAUAAACUUUCGAGGCAAGAGUUCAGAAAAGUCCUUGACAUUCUGUAUUAAGAGGAUAUGAAACUAUGUUGCAGGUGUAUUUUAAAUUAUUUGAUCAACGUAGGAAGAGAUGGCAAUAGAUGUUUGUUUGAAGGAAGGAGCUCAGGAAAGGCCGUCCUGACCAUCUGUCAGAGAAAUAGGAAACUGAAUCACGUGUAUCUUUAUUUAUCUUGUGUUUGUUAGACUAGCUGGUAGGACGGAUACUUGCCAAUGCUAAGCCAGGUACAACGUCUGCAUAAUGUUAUCAUACAAGUAAUAAGAGUAUCU